AUGGCUGGCGCGGGGGUGCGGGGAGUUCCGGGCCGCACAAUGGCCGCGCGCGGGGACAUAUGUCCCCAAUUAGGGCCUGGCGCCGCCAUUGUCCCCUCACGCGCCCCCGCCCUUGGCUCGGGUCUCCCUGCUCCGAGCGCGCCCCCAAGCGGCCGGCUGUCUCUGGGGACCAAGGUCGCAGGGGCGGCCUCGGGACUGUGCGGGCGCGCCGCGGCCGGGAGCGCGUGCGAGGCGGGGGCGCGCGCACCUGUCGCGGCGCGCGGUGACCUUGUGCGGGGCUUCUCGGCGGGCCCGCGGACCCGGCCGGACGCGCGGCUAGAGGGCUGCUCCGGAGGCGCGCUUUCGGCGGCGCGCCGCCGCCCGCCGAUCUCUCAGCUUCACCUAGCGUCGCAACACAGGAGCCGAGCGAGCGUGGCUGUGAGCGAACGGACCCGGCGCGGGGCGCGGCAGGGACCGCAGACCCGCUUUGUGGCGGCGGCGGGAUAUUCAUCUUGCGUGGCUGGUGCUCCCGAGGGGCGGGAACGGGACGCGGCAGUCCCCUUAUCGCGGAGCUGCAGCCGGCGGGGCCCGCAGUGGGGGCGGGGGCAGGGAUCCCGCUCGGCCGAGCGGCUCAUCCCUGCGCCUUCCCGGGGGGCCCGGCGGAGGCGCAGCCGGAGGCGCGAGGCCAAUUAG